AUGGAGGCGCUAAAGGAGCCGCCGCACGCGCGUCGCUCCUCCUCGUUCAGCAUUCACAGCCUCCUGCGUGCAGACCGCGCGGACCGCGGGGAGCACGCGGCCCGCGGCCCCGACACGCCGUCACCGCGCGCCGCCUCGCCCGGGACGGUGGACGGCUCGUGCGCACGGACCCCGGACAAAGCAGACCGCGAGGAAGAGGAACAGGGCGAUGAGGAGGAGGAGCGCACGGAGGGGGAGGACGGCUGCGCGCGAUGCACCGAGGAUGACGACGACGACCUGCCGCCGUCGGAGAAGCGGGGCCCCGGUACCGUGACCGGGACCGGGAAAACCGACAAACCGCCGUUCAGCUACAACGCGCUGAUCAUGAUGGCGAUCCGCGGGAGCCCCGGGAAGCGGCUCACGCUCAACGGCAUCUACGAGUUCAUCAUGAAGAACUUCCCGUACUACCGGGAGCACCGGCAGGGCUGGCAGAACUCCAUCCGCCACAACCUCAGCCUCAACAAGUGCUUCGUGAAGGUCCCGCGCCACUACGACGACCCGGGGAAGGGCAACUACUGGAUGCUGGACCCCAGCAGUGACGACGUGUUCAUCGGCGGGACCACCGGCAAGCUGCGUCGGCGCUCCGCCACCUCGCGCGGCAAGCUGGCCAUGAAGCGCGGGCUCCGAUUCGCGCCGCUGAGCCUGGGGAUGAGCGAGCGCGCAAGCAGCCCGCUGUACUGGCAGCUGUCCCCGUUCCUGUCGCUGCACCCGCACCACGCGCACUUCACCGGCGCCCCCGCGCCCCCCCACGGCUUUCUGGGCCAGGCGCACGCUGGCUACGGGUCGCUGCUGCCGCCGGUGGAGCAGCUCGGGAACGGAGACCUCUCGCGCCCCGGUCCGCUGGGCAUGACGAACGGUUACGGGAUGGGCUCGUGCUCGCCCCCCGUCGGGCUGCUAUCCGGACAGACCACAGGAUAUUACGUCUCCGGGAACCAGCACGCGCCGCCACCGUCUCACCUGUCGCAGGGCGGCCACGCGCCGUUCGGCGGCCUCACGAGCGGCUCGCAGCUCACGGACCCGCUCAGAUCCACAACACUCCCGUCCUUUUCCCCGGUAGGCUCGAGCGGGUUCCCCGGUGUGCUCUCCCACCAGAAGCGCGUGACGCCGAACGCGUUCUUAAACUGA